AUGGCUUCCCGGGACAGUUCCAUUUCGGCUAACGUCGCGGAUAUUCUCAUUAAAAAGUUGCGCGACAAGCGUGCCCAAGCGCGGGAACUUCGUAUACCGCCUCCUACACCAACAAAACAGCCGUCCGUACGCUACUCACCCGACCUGAGCGUUGAGUUGCGGCCCGGGCACGAAACGCUCGAUGCCAUGAAACGGAAACUUGGCGUCAUCGAUACCUGUUUCCCUUCCUAUCGGCCACCCGCGGAUGGGGCGGAGGAAACGGUCGAGUAUCCGGAAACCUAUCGUACCUUGUCGUCGAAGGAGAAGUUGGUGUUACUGUUUGCGGAAAACUUUCGGCGCCAGUAUCGGGAGAAGUUCCCCAAUCGGCAACCGUUAGUGUUGGCCCCACCGAACGAGUGUGGCGUGCAGAAGUUUGUGUGCACUACGCUCCGGCCGUCUGUGUUGCUGUUUCCGGAUCUGAUCGGAUCCUGGCAGCAGAUUGCGGCCUUUACGGCGGACUACAUCGUGUACGAACCGCUCGUCGAUCAGAUUAAUAUGCCAUCCCGCUUAGUAUCACCGGACGAGGUGUUAAAACGACGCCGUGCGAAUAGCUUCGAACUGGCAACACUGCUCUGCAGCUUUCUCAUCGGAAAUGGCUUUGCAGCAUGCGUUGUGUCCGGUUACGCAACGCGUGAAGUGGUUAACAACGAUCAGCAACGCGUUGUUUGCCCCUUUGUGCCGGUUGAAGAUGAGGAAAGCGGCGAUGAAGAACAACCAGAACCUCCCAACAAGUAUCAACUUCGCCAACCGCCCGACCUUCGCAGCCAGUAUCUACUUAACAUUGAGGAGGAAAAAGUGGCCAAAGUGCAGGCGGAAGAAGUAAACCGCCUAGCGAUGGAGCGGGAAGAGAUCGAGCGCCUGGAGCAACCGCCCGAAGAUCCCAAACGAGGCCACCGUGUCCAUGCCUGGGUAGCCGUCCUGAUGAACGCUCCCUGGUGCUAUAAGCCAGGCUAUCGCGAGAUGUUGCUCGAUCCAAACACCGGCGAACAGGUGCUCCAACCACCGAGUGCCUUCUUCUUGGAACCGUCCACCGGUUUCCGGCACGAAGUUUCCUCGCCCAACUAUCUCGCCAUCGAGAGUAUCUGGAACCAUCACAACUACUACGUCAACAAGCAAGACCCUGCGGCCGGUAUAGCGAAGAUGCGCUGGGAUCUUGCCAACGGGCACGAUUGGGAACACUUCCUGCCCGGUGAACCGUACGAGCUGCGCGAAGACUGUGCCGUCCCCGAGGAUCAAGAUCCGCUCACGACGGAGGAAGAGAUCGAGAAGGAAAAGCAUCUCGACAUGCCAACGUCCUGGGUCCGAUCGCUGAACGUGUCGCGCACCGAUUUCGAGCAACGUUUCCCGGAUGGUACGAAGGUGAUCUACUUCAAGAAGACUAUCUACGAACGAUUCGCACCGUACCGUAACUUGAUUGGGCUGGUACGGCGCAUUACCACGUACGAAACGUUGGACUAUGAUGGGCCGAUUAGUCGGUGGGAGUUUUACGCGAAUCGAGACGAUCUGCUCAACCUCGUACGCAUCGAGUAUCGGACGAACGAAACGGAGGAACACUUUGACAAGGGCCGUCCGGAUUGUUUGCGCUUGCUGAAGCACCGGGCAGCGCCAAAUAAUGAGUAUGAGCUGCGAUUUUUCUACCAGUAUCGUUUCGAUGCACUGCGAACCCUUAUCUACCACGCAACGUACAUUCUGGAGCACUACGAAAAGCGAGAUGAUCUGUUGUAUUAUCGCGAGUUUCAAAAUAUUCCUAAGGAUCAAGUCACAAAGGAGCCGAGCAAAUUGACGCAUAUAACUGAGAAAUUUCACCAAAAUCCAGCCAAAGAACCGGUCAAGGAUAUCGCUGUACGGAACUGUUUCAUUCAGGAUAACAAAAUCGCUCUCCAGUUCCAUUACGGUGAGGACUGCAUUACGGCCUCCACGCGAGAGUUUGUGAAACCUCCCAAGUCCGAAAUGGGCGAGGAAGUACCCUACGAUCCUGCCUGCACUUCCGGCUAUGUGUCCAAUCCCUGGGACCCACAGCCGACUCAGCUCGAUCUCUUUCUCCUGCUGAAGGACCAGCUCAAAGCGGAAGAGCACGCUUCGCAUGCUUUUCGCCGCCGUGUGGUCGAGAUCGAUACCAUGCUUAGCGAACGUCGUAAGCAAACGGACUCACCCCGGCUUACCAACAGUCUGUUCGAUCCGCUGCGAAACGAGGAGGCCCGUCAACUACGGCUAGCCAAGUACGAAGCGAUCAAGGCACGAGAGGAACAGAUCAAACAACAGCAAGCCGACUUCCUGGCGCCCUAUCUGCUCCGCCUAGGGGACACUAGUAAACGGGCACCGACACGCGCUCAAGUGAUGGAACUGUACCGUGACUGUACGACGGAUCUGCGUCGCUUCUAUCAACGGCUCGAGGAAGAGCUACGCAACCGAUGCGAUGAUCUGAUCACCGAGGAACAAUCCUUGAAACGGUUUCUAUCACGCUUUCAGCAGCACUUUGAAGAUGCCGAGUAUGAGAAGUUUAUUGCUGAGGGUGAAACGAUCGAACGGGAUAAACACAUCCUGCAGAUGAGACUGGAAAACAUACAGGACGACUAUCGCAGGAAGGCUGCACAUCUGCGGAAGACGCUGCGGGCGGACGAACGACUUCGUCCGUAUCUCGGUGCUGAGUUGGAGUCACCGUGCGAGCGAAGUGACUACGAGGACGAAUGA